GACCCGCAUCUCCCACUCGCCGCGGCGGGGCCCAGGCGGGGGAGAGGGACGCAUUCCUCCCCCGGCCCGGGCAGGGCAGCGGGGGGCGGCCCCGGGAGCCUCUGAGCAGGGGAGGUUGGACAAAGGCUUCCAGGGGAGGGAGUGGCAGCCGGCUGCCCGGCCCCGCGGCGGGGAGCGGGCGGGUCGGUGCCCGCCGGGACGGGGGAAGAGGGUUUGAGUGAACUUCCCCACGGGAGCGGGAGGUGUCCUGUCCCCUGGGGGCGGGUGCGGAGGCAGCGACUCCUCUCCAAAGGAAGCGGCUCUCCCGUACCGCUCGCCGCUUCUCCGAAGGUGGCUGCGGGGAGGGGGAGGCGGGGGAGGAGCCGGGCUCUUCCCCGGGCGGGCGGCGGCCCCUCCACUGCGCCAACCUGCAGGCGGGCUGGAGGCGGCGGCCCCGCCCGGCCUCGGCUGCUGGGGCCGCGCCGCCCCUCGCCGCCGUCCCGGGCACAGCCGCACGCAGCCGCUUCCCGCUGCGUCGGUCCUGGACUGCAGCUUGCUGGCGGUGAGGGCAACAAGCAGCGGCAUCUUGGAGCGCCUUCUUUCCCGAGUGCCCUUUCAUCUCUCCUAGUCCGCUUUUCUCUCCUACCUGCAGCCUUUUCUUCUCCCUCCACUCCUCCUAUCUUGUUAUUUCUCCUUGUCUCCCCCUUCUCUUACCAUUUUUAGGUUUUGGGGUUUUUUUGCUUUCCUUCUUUUUCUUCUUCCCUCAUCCUGUUCCUUUUUGGACCAUCUUUGUCUAGUGCCUCUUAAUUUCUCGAUUUUUUUCCUUGGACUUUGCCUUGUCAUGUCAAGAUGGAAGUCAGGCAUGACUGGCUCUCCUCAUCCCCCCAUGAGGGCUUCGAGCAGAUGAGGCUGAAGAGCAGACCCAGGGAGCCUUCUCCAAGCCUCACCAGAGUAGGUGCGAACUUCUACAGCACUGUCAAGCAGCAGGACUACAGUGCGAGUGUCUGGCUGAGGAGGAAAGACAAACUGGAGCACUCCCAGCAAAGAUGCAUUGUGAUCUUUGCACUGGUAUGCUGCUUUGCAAUUCUGGUUGCACUGAUAUUUUCGGCAGUGGAUAUUAUGGGAGAAGAUGAGGAUGGACUCUCAGAAAAAAACUGUCAAAAUAACUGUCGGGUUGCUCUUGUGGAAAAUAUUCCUGAAGGGAUCAACUAUUCAGACAGUGCACCAUCCCAUUUGUCUCUUUUCCAAGGCUGGAUGAAUUUGCUUAAUAUGGCUGAAAAGUCUGUUGACAUAGUAUCUUCCCAGUGGGACCUCAAUCACAGUCAUCCAUCAGCAUGCCAGGGGCAGCGUCUUUUUGAAAAGUUGCUUGAACUGGCAUCCCGAAAUAUUGAGAUAAAGCUAGUGAGUGAUAUACUGCCCAUGGAAUCAAAGGUGUUAAACGACUUGAAAACAAAGGGUGCUGAAGUGUUGUAUAUGAACAUGUCAGCAUAUAACGAAGGUCGGCUUCAGUCAUCUUUCUGGAUUGUUGAUAAACAGCAUGUAUACAUUGGAAGUGCCAGCCUAGACUGGAGAUCGUUGGGACAGAUGAAGGAACUUGGCGUCAUUGUAUACAACUGCAGCUGCCUGGUCCUGGAUUUACAGAGGAUAUUUGCCUUGUAUAGCUCAUUAAGAUACAAGAAUAAAAUACCUCCGAGUUGGUCUAAGAGACUAUAUGGAGUGUACGAUACUCAAAAUAAACUGACACUGCAGCUGAACGAGACAAAAUCAGAAGCUUUUGUGUCGAAUUCACCUAAACUCUUCUGCCCAAAGGACAGAGUCCUGGAUAUUGAAGCUAUAUACAGUGUUAUCGAUGAUGCCAAGCAGUUUGUAUACAUAGCUGUCAUGGACUACUUGCCAAUCGUCAUUGACACCAAUGCUAAACGGUACUGGCCAUAUUUAGAUGGGAAGAUAAGAGAAGCAUUAGUAUUACGAAGUAUUAAAGUACGACUUCUCAUAAGUUUCUCAAGAGACACAGACCCCCUUACUUUCAACUUUGUUUCAUCUCUGAAAGCUAUUUGCACUGAAGUUCCAAGCUGUAGUUUGAAAGUCAAAUUCUUUGACCUUGAGGAAGAGAGUGCAUGCUUUCUUAAAGAACAGAAGAACGCUUCCCUUCCCAAAUUAAAUCGUAACAAAUAUAUGGUGACCGAUGGAGCUGCAUAUAUCGGUAAUUUUGAUUGGGUAGGAAAUGCUUUCACGCAGAAUGCUGGAGCUGGCCUUGUUAUCAACCAAGCAGACGCGGGGAACAGCACAAGCAUCAUUAAGCAACUCAAGGCUGUUUUUGAAAGGGACUGGUAUUCACAUUAUGCCAAAAGUUUACAACCAACAAAAAUCCCAAACUGCUUUAAUCACAAACUUAAUAAAGGAACUUCAAAUAAGACUGCCAUGAGCAAUGUGAAUUAGAAAGACUAUUUUACUGUUUAGUAUGGCAAUGAAGAAUUACGUUGGGGUGUAGCCUUCUUUCAUAUUUACAGACAAAAGACUUAAAAAGCAAAAAAAAAAAAAGUUUGGUCGGGGGGGUGUUUUUAGGAAAAAGCACACUUAUAUUAAAACUGUCUAAACUAUAUUCUCUAUAUUGAAUUAUUUAAGACGUUCAAAUUUGUUACUUCUGACACUGAAUGUCAUUUCCGCUUCCAUGUUAAUUUUAAUGUUCUGCAUUUGAAUUUAACAGCAUGUAUCAAUGUUUCUGUUUUAGGACUUUCCCUAAUUGCCAACCUGGCUAGAACAAACCUUGAGGCAAAAUGAAGAUUCAAGCUAUGAAAUGGCAUUCUAAGAUCAGUUAUUAUUGACAUACAAAUAGAUGGUAGGUUUACUGUAUUAGAAAAUAUAAAGGAAUAAGCAAAUUUUCACCCAUUUAAAUCAUUCCUUUUAAAUAACUACCUAGUCAUGCAAAUACUUCCUAGUCUCAAGCAUUUAGUUUUAGUAUCACUAUUCCAUGUCUUCUAACUAGCCUUAAAAUACAUUAGAGUUAGGACUGGUAAUUCAUUCAUCUCCUAACAGAAUGAGAAGGUUUUGAGGGAUUGGGAUUGGCCUGAUCAAAUUUGUUACAUUCCCUAAAGCCUCUCAGAUAAAUGGAUUUUGUAUCAAAAUAAUGUGGAUUCCUUUCAGCAUAAUAGUUAUUUCCAAUUACAUGCAUUUCAUCUAAAAAUUAAAAUCUCUGGAUUAAUAGCAAAGACCUAGGACUGUUUUUUUUUAUUUUUUUGUAAUCUCAAGAAAAUUUCUUCCCUAAAUUAAAAUGUGAGUCAGCAGUUGUGUGAUGACUUAUUAUCAAACCAAUGCACAUCUAAAGAUCAAAUACUGCGUUUUUUAGAAAGGUCAAGGCUUAUGCAAAAUCAUGCAAUAAUUGUUGUUAAAUGAUCAUAUAGAAAUUUGGUUUGAUUUUUACACCUGGAAGUGUCUUCUAACUUUUAGUUAAAAAAAAAUAAAAUUUCUGAAGUGGCUUUUUUUGUUAAAAUAUCAUCCAUAUAGAUAAAUACAUCUGCAUGGACAGAAAAAUGAUGCCUUCAUUUAGGCCACAGUUUCAGUUGAUGUCAAUAGUGUGCCUCUACAAUCACAACUCGCACCAAAAAGCAACUGAGAAGUUCUGUAAAAGUGUGACUUUGCUCUUUAAAGAAAUACACAUAAAUGUUUGACAACAGAUUUUUCUCCACUCAGAGAUGUAAUAUCGUAAUUUCAGCAUAAAAAUGUUCAUUCUACUUCCACUGAAGAAAAACAGCUAUGAAAGCAAACUGCAUUCUGCAUUUUGUUAAAUAUUCACAGAACCUUUUUCAAAAUGACAACUUUUCUUUCUCACCUACUGAAAGCACAGUUUGAAAGCAGUGGGCAAAAAGAGAAGAAAAACCAACCAUGUUCCAAUGUAUUAUUUUAAUCUUAAGAAGAAGUUAAAAAUCUACCUUGAUUUUCAAAAUAUAGGUUUUACUUACAAGGUAAAAAAUUCAAAUUUAUUUUAUAGUGAGCACAGCUUAGGAAAUUCUAAUUAGGCAACAUAUGCAAAUUCAGAUUGUCAGCUGGAGACACCCCACAAAACUAAUUAUGACCUCAAAAGGCACACUUUUGACAAAGAAUGUUUGUUUCUUUUGCAAUCACAAAGAUUUACAUCAUCUUAUUGAAAACAAUGAUAAAAGAAAAAAAUUUUUGAAGUUGUCAACUUUUACAGAAAAUAUUUUGCACAGCUGUAAUACACAAUAACAUUUUCUGGUAUUCAGAUAAACACAUGCCAUGUAUUAGUCUAACACACCUAGAAAAGUUUAUAUUCUGGCAUUCUUAUAAGAAAGAAAUAUUUUAAAUGAAAAAGUUUUCCUGAGUUGCUAUGAGUAAAGAUCUUUGUGAAGAGAAAUUUCUGGAUUUUCUUCCUUCUGUAUAUAACUUAAGAGUAUGCAUAGCAAGUGUGGGAGAGAGAUCCUCAGCACUUAACUUACUUGUUCUGGGGUUUUUUAUUUGUUUAAGGAAUUAAUAUUAGUCUAGAUUAAUUUAUGGUGAAAAUUUCAGCCAAGUUAUACCACCAAUAAAUUUAGUCUUAUGAGUCAAACGUGAAAAAAACAAAACAAAAUGAACAAUCAAAAAGCCCACCACAUUUUUAAAAUCCAGUUGAGAUAGUUGUACAGUUUCUGAGAUGCCCAUGGAUGGGUGAUUUUAAAGCUUCAGAUAAACUUAGUACAACAUCCUUACAUAAAACAGAAAAUAAUUUAAGCAAACAAAAAACCCCACUGUCUGGAGUUGUUAAUCGUAGCACCUAAUGGCAAUAAUAUACAAGAAUGAAUCAAUGUAGGGUUUUUUCCCCUCUUGCAUUAUGAAUACUGGAAAUGUGUUAGGUUUUUUAAAUGACAUCUUGUAUAAAUAAUGGAGGAUCUUAGUGGAACAGAAAUUUGUCAGAUGAUAAAGCUAAGCUAUAUGUUUACAAAGCAGGAUUUAGUAAUGAAAUCAGGCUGUGGAGUUACCCCUGAUUGAUUUAGUAUACCAAAUGAAUGGUUCAGAUGGAGAGAUCCUGGAGAAAUACAAUCAUGAAUACUAACAAGAUCCAUUAAUUUACAAAUGCAUUCUUAUUGGCUUGAUAAACAAAUUCUUGGUGCUUCAAUGACCCCCCUCAAAGAGAUGAUACAUAAAAGUGGUAGUAUGUUUUGGUUUUAGUAAUGGAAGAGUUUGGGUGUUUUUGAACAACUUUUAAUGUGAAAUACCCAUUAGCCAUCUUACAAGCAGACUGGCAGACUCGAAUUUCAUUUGAUAUAAAAUAUGGAUUGAUACUUUAGUAACUGUUUAGAAUGGCAUCACCUCCAAAGUAGUACAGAAAAUUUUGUUCUAUUACAUUAGCCAAAAGACAAAGUGCAUCCUUGGACUUCAGCAAAUAGGAAAUUUAAUAUAUCAGAUUCUUUUUUGAAACUUUUAAGAGGAUUAUAGCCAAUUACUUUGUUUGUGUCAGUGCUGUUACUGCUUAACUAGAUUUGCCACAACAGCCUCGAUUCUGGCUUCAGAUCCUUCUACCACUGUAAUAAAUCUGGAGCAAAUCCAUUACAGUGAUUUCACACUAGUUUAGCAGGGAUCAGAAUCUAAACUAGUUUCCUCUUGCUUCAGUUCUCCUGAGUAUCACCAUUGCACAGGCUGUUUCCAAACUUGAUGGAGAUUUGCAUACAGUGGUUUCUUGCAGACUUCACAGGCAUAAUCCAAAAGAUGCACUUUCUCUAGUCCCCUUCUAACUGGCAUUGGUAAUUGUCAUAUUAAAGGCAUUUCCUAAAUAGAACAGUUUUAUUCUUAAAGAAUAUAGACUGUAAUUGUUGUUUGCUGCAAACAUUUACUAGUGCCUUAUUUAUACAAGCUUUUGUUUAACUGUUCCUCACAUGAAGUCCUGCUAAAGAUCUUGUAUCUAGUACUAAGGCAUACAGCAAACUUCUUAAGUAAGAAGACUAGAUAUUGUGAUGUUUACAGUUUAGUACCUAAAACUAGAGUCACAAAAAGACAAAAACUGAUUGCGAGAUGUUCAUCCAAACCACAAGCACAUCUAAACCAGAGCAUUUUUAUCCAAUCCCAGCUCUAGAACUGAAUUUCACAAAUUACUCUUGGCUUCAUUAUCAAUUUAUCUACAACACAGUUGAAUUAUUCUGUCCUGCCAAGGUAUAAAACUGAAAUCUGAAUUCCACCAACACCUGGCUGAUAUUAAAACCAUAACCACAGAAAUUCCUGUAAGCACAGGUAGAAGUACAACCACAUAGUGGCUACUUUACAGAUCUUGCACGUUAAGUCUCAAGUUGCUUUGUGCCAGCCACCACUUUUUUCUGCCUGAAGUAUGAACUAGUAUCCACAACUACUCUCACCUUCUCUUUGAAGACCAGAAAGGCAUAGAUUAUGUGCAUAAUGGCUGUAGCGGUACCCUUACAGGAACAGAUUUACAUUUUACACCAUACAGGGCCAGGUGUUCCUCCCAGUAAAUUCAGGCUCUGCUGGUAGUUCAGGGGAGAACUUAAGAAACAAGUAGAAAAGCCUCAGAAUACUACUUUUAAGACCUACCCAUUAUUCACUAUACUACUAGAUAUCUAAAUUCUACUACAUAAAAAUUGAACAGCUAAGCUCUGUGUUACAUGCCAUGCCAUUCUCCAUCUACGGAGAAAUCCAGACAAAGAAAUUAUAGGGGUUUUUUUGUGACUUUGGUGUGUACUUUGUGAAAAUAGCGUAGGCUUUCUUAUCAAGAUGGUAAAGACAUCAGCUGGCUAUUCCGGUUCUUCAAACUGAAGUCCUAAAUAUCCCUAUCUUGCAUUAUCAUGCACUUCACUCCUGAGAAUGACCUUAUAGAGUGCACUAGUUAUCUUAAAACCAUUUUGGUCUUCAAAAUUAACUCUUCAUUUUAAUACAAAAACAUUGACUAAAUGUAUAGUAUGUUUCCAGACCGUAAUUCCGUAAUUUCUGGCACUGUAUUUUUCUUCCACUCUUACCCUUUCUCUACAUAUAUAUAUAUAUAUAUAUAUAUAUAUAUAAAAUCAUCAUUUUUUUAGUCACUGUUAUUCCAAUGCAAUCUAUGUAAAAAACCCAGAAUGAAUCCUUGGUAUGUUUGAAAUUCACAAUGAUACCUCCUGAGUUCAAGGCACCAGUAAACAUACUCCACUUUUAACACUGCAGGGUAUAGUAGCUCAAGUGAUUCUGUAGGAUAAUUGCUUUUCUUAGCUGUAGUUUUUCACUUUAAUUACUGCUGGAUGUUAUUUAUGAAUUUCUCAGUAUUGAAUCAGGUUGCUCUUGCAUCAUCACUUUGCACAAAUGCCUUAGAAGCUUGCCAAACUAGCAUGUAAAAGAGACCUCAUUCAAAAUAGUUUAGACAAGAAAAAAAGAACUCAUGUGCUUUACGCUCUGUGGAUGCUGAAGUCAAUAGAUAAACUCCAGUCUUAUAAUGAAGUGGAGCUUUCUGUUGCACCUCCUGUUUAGAUUAGUUCUGCAAGGGCUUCAAAGAAAAAAUCUGUGAGAAUUGUGUGUUUAAGUUAUCUUGUGAUCAUGAAUUUACAGAGACUCUGAAUGAAGAAUCCAGCUGUAUUGAAUGGUUCAACACAGUAACUUAAAUUGGGCUUUCAUGAAAACACAUUUAUAUUCCAUAUUCAUAUGAUACAACUGCAUUAAUAUGCUAAAGUUAGGUUUUUCCUAAAAUUCAAAAAACAUGCAGGACAAAAAUGAAGCUACUGCAGCCUAUUUCUGAAUUAAAAUCAGAUUUUAAGACCAUAAUUGAAUUCUGGCUGCAAAUUAUUCUGCUAUAGUAAGGGAGUCAGCUCUGUUUUGUUCACAACAAAUUCUACACUGCAAUUUUACAGGAAGACUCAAAAAUUCUUUUAAAUCCUGUAAAAUGAACAUGAUCAUUUCCCCUUUAAGAACAUAAAAUAUAAUAAAAUGGCUGGCAACUGCAGCAUUCCGGAGGAUUAUUUUGUGUUCUUUUAUGUUGCACGGCCACAAACGUGAACAAUACAAAUUACAUGUAUUGCAAUGGUGUUGUGUGAGCACAUUGUGGGCAUUGCAUCUCACAUAGUGAUGUUCAUCCCUCCUGCAGCAGCAUAAAAUGUAGUAAGGCUAGAGAGAAAGGGGCAAAAAGAGCUAGAGACAAACUAACUUGGAUCAGCCUGAGUUAAUGGACUGGGUGCUGGCCUAAAAGCUCUGGGCUGCAUUCUUAUUUUGUUCCUUUCCCUGCAAAAUCCUGUAUUUCUUAUGCAUCCGCCUUGCUCAUCUUUAUAUGAGUGAACUCCCAUGACUGUUUUCAGACUGAGGAGGGAAUCUUUAACAACUACUAACCUACGCUUAACAGAAUAAAAGAAGCAUGAAUAAAAGCCCAUCGAUGUCUAUGUAGCAGGUACUAAGUAGUAAGGCAGUAUUUGAAACAGGGCUCUUCCUUGUACAUUACAAAUUCCUAGUGUAAUAUAAGCAAGGAUUUACAACACAGCACAUGCCUGCAAAUUGCACAUCACAUGCGGCCUUUGCAUAUGUUCUUUUAAUGUACAAAUAUAGUCGUCAGACAGACACCAUUCUGAACUUCUGAACUAAUAAAAUCAUGAAAACUAAGCACAAGUAUCAGGCAAUCAAACUUUACAAAUUAAUCACACUCAAAUGAGGAAAGGAAUUCCCCCCAAAAGUGAUAACUAUUUAAAUUUUAUAAGUGAAAGAACCUGGAAUUAUUUUCGAAUGUAACUUUGAGGGAAUUAAUGGGGAAUUUCAUGUGGAAGGAAUCCUUCUGUUAAAGAUUAAAGGCAAGCACCAAUAUACGUAGCGUUGUUUAAGCAAGAAGCUCUUCAAAUGGAAGUGUGUGGACCAACAUUUUAUUGACUGACUUGCUAACUAAUAUUUUCAAGUGGAUGUGCUCAAUAUUCAAUUACGUCCAAACAGUCUCUUAAAUUACUACACAAGCACUGCUUAUUUGUAUUUCCUCAAAUGACAAAUUCAGUAUUCAAUAUUCAGUGUUUUUCUUGAAACUUGACAGAAAAGUAGGAUGCUUCUGGAAGUGACAGCUGUAUCUUUGUAAAGAUCAGAGGGCUGUUCUCCUCAUCUAACUUGUCCUCUUACCGUCUCCUACUUCUUCAGUAACUCAGUCCAGGUUUACACUUGUCAUUGCCUGAGGAACAAAGAAAAUGAAGUAUUUUUAGCUACCUGCUGUUUCUGGAAACUGCUGGCUGCUCAACAUGCUUUUGCCCUAUGAGACAUCCCUUAUCUAAUGAGAUACUAAAAGUAUAAAUGGAGGUCAAACACAUAAUUCCAGGUGCCUCACAUAAUUUUUUACCUGGAAAGACACAUAUGCAAAAUCUGGAAAAAGAGAUGGGGGAUGAGGAGAAUGCUUGGCAACCUCUAAAUGAGGUAGAGGUUCUUCUGUUGAUACAUGAGUUCUGGUGAACUCAUUCUAGGGUAAACCAUUCUUUACCACACAACCAGAUUUGCAAUGACUAAAAUGUGUGGCUGACUUUAGCAUGAAAAGGUAAGAGGUCAAACGCCCCUUGUCUUUAUGAAUUGAACUAAUUUCUUUACUACGGAAGAGAGGUGGAAGAAGCAGGUGGAAAAAGAAAAUACAUUGUCUCCUCUUUUGAAAGAAGAGGCCAGGUUUCUACUAGAAAUAGAGCUGAUAAGGUUUCUAAAAAAAGGCAAAGAUCUUAAGCAUCCAUAUUCUAUUAAUUCUCACAAGAUGGUGCAUACCUGUGGGAACUUUGGACUCAGCUUAGUACCAACUUCUUUGUGGCAAACUAUCAGACUUCUCAGGAGAGUUCCUUUUCCUCCUUCUCACUAUACUCAAGACAGCUGUCACAUCUGCUUUUAACAGUCUCCAGAGUCUUCAAAGACAAUUCUAAACUAGAUUAUAAGAAUUUUCCCUGUGGAAAGACAAAAUGAAUGGCAGGUCCACUGAGGACCUUCUUCACCAAAGAAUUUAGUACAAAUAUUAAAUUACAUAAGAAAUCAGAAUCAAAACCACAAGGCAUUCUCAUUUUUUUCAACAUUAAAAAAAAAGAUAAUUGGAAAAUGAAUAAGAGGCUAAUGCAGUAUCUCAGAUGAAUGAAACUGAAAUUUAUAAACCAAAAUACUCUUGUAGACAGGACAGUCCCCACAUCUAAACUGCAGCUCUCAAUAUGACAGAGAUACAGUGAAGAAUCAAUGAACCACUACUUUUGAUAUGCUGUACAAAGGUUUCAGCAUUCAAAGUCUUAUGUCCAUCUGUCUGUAUAGAGCUUAAAAGUUAGGCAAAAAAAUGGGAUUCUGUGUAUAUUUAUACAGCCCUUACUGCCAAAUAAUCAUUAAAAAAUAGACACUUCUCACAGCAUUUGCGUCUUCAGGUGUCACCACAGAGAUCUUAGCGAACAAAUCUGGAGAAACGCAGAAAAGCAACAUCUGUGGUGGCAAGUAAGCCAACUAAAAUAAACUGUAAGCCCAUUUUCCAAGUGGUAGUUGAUACAGUAAAAGUAUUCAGAUGCCCCCAUAUCCAGCUCAGAUUCCAAAUGUCCUUGUAUCAGAUUCCAAAUGUCCUUGUAUCAGAUUCCAAAUGCAGAGUUGAGGCUCCUCACACACAUACAUACAGAGACAUAUCAUCAAGGAGAAAAUGAAUAUCUAUGCCAGGAGAGCUUGGAACAUCUCUAGCACAAUGACACACUGCUGUCUUACUCUUAAGACUGACAGGAAAUAGUACAGCUUUAUGGAAAGGGCUACAUAUCCUUCACCAGAGAAUAGGAAUAUUCACACAAAGUGAUUCAGAAUAACGAAUAACAAAAGUGAACUCCUGGCUGCAGCACAGAAGUACAUCAACAUCACCAUCCCUGAUAGCACACACCUUUUCAUUCCCACAUUGCAUGGGUGCCAAAGCUCACUUUUUUAAAAAAACAAAGGGCAAUGUUUCUCUCUGAAUGAAACAUUCCAGAGAGGAUUAUACCUUUUUUUUUUUUAACAGAGAGAACAGCAACCACUGCCCCAAUUAGCUCUUCCUUUUCCAUGCUCCACUUUUCCAUUAACAAAUGUUUCUGUCAUCUCUUCCUCAUCUGUCUUUUCCCUUUUCAAGCUAUUUCCUACAUGCUGUUUCUGAAUCCCUUGCUGCUUUGUACACAGGGAUGAAUCCCUGCAACUUGGAUUGUUGGUGCUGUAACAUCCUACGAGGUUACUUCCACUAGCUUUACCUGAAGUGCUAAGAAGAAGGAAGUGCACGCACACAAUGUUUUAAGACACACAAAUUACUGUGUAGGAAGACAAGGGAAUUCAGGGCAAAAGCAGAAUGCAGGCACUACUGGAAAAAUAUCUGGGUGGGGAAAGGGUUUGAUGUCAUACUCCUCAAUCCGAUUUCACCUUGGCACAUCCAAAACCUGUAUCAGGAUGUAGGAGCUCAAUUUUGCAAACCUUGCACAACUAACACAAGCCUUGCCUCCAGGUAUUUUGCUUGCUGUUGUCCUGGAGUCACAUGCCAGGUUAACCUGCCAAGCUAGGCAAUAACAAGCAGGUCAAAACCACAGACAACUUCAAGCCGCAUAACCUCAACUUUAUCCUCCAGGUGGCAUUCAGCCACACAAGGGGUCUAAUCUGGGUACUGUCAUCUUGUGAUUGUUAAAAUGGUCCAAACUCACCAUUGUAUAUAACAACACCACCUUCAAAACAACAAAUGAAGAAAGAAGAUCUCUCUGCAAACAAAUUUUAAAUCUCUGACUGUGACUUUGGCACUGCAUUGUAUUUUCCUACACAAUCUAAAAGUAGCAGGAGUCCUUUAUAGUUUGCAGAGCAAAAAGGGUAUGUACUAUAUAAGUUUACUACUAUACCUCUUCUGAUGGAAUAAAUAUCAAAUAGAAAAAUCUGUCUAAACAUAUUUUGAAAACUGCAUGGCCAGCUUAUGCAGUAGCUAGAUAUGUGGCAAGGUUACAGUGUUACUCUCUAAGGAGAAUACAAUUAAUAUGCUUAUAUAUUUUGUUCAAUUCAAGCACUGUGUAGUCUCCAAGUUCUGCUAUGAGAAGUAUGGAUAACUUCUCAUUAUCCUUCCUAUUCCAAAACACAGUAUUUAUCACAGAUAUGUACAAUACAGCAGCAUAGCUUAGGCCUGUUAUAUAGGUCAGUAUCUGCAAUGCACACAAGAACAUAGUUUGCCACUGCAAAGGAGAGUGGCUGCAAAAUCUAUUUUGGAUAAUCCAAUUUAUAUUUGAGGAAAUCAAUGUGUGGUCAUUUCUAGAACUGUGAAUAUAAGGCAACUGCUGCAUGCUUGUAUAUUUGAUAAGUUUUAUUAUACUAUAUCCUUAUAUGAAUGCCUAUGCAGUGUAAAUGCUUUAAUAUAAGAUACUGAAUGGUUUUUUUACACAUUAUUUUCUAAACGUUGCUACAUUUUACUGCAUGUUUAUUCACUUUUUUGUGUUGGUACAAAGUGCAAGCAGGAAGACACAUGAAUUUAAUAAUUUACACAGCAGCUAUUCAAAUCCAUUAUAAAAACAUGUUCUUAUGUAAAGAUUUUUAAUUUGGCAAGAAAUGUGCUUCCUUUAGACAAUGGGCUUGGUUCACAGCAAUACCUGUGUAAUUAAUGUUUAUUUAUUAAAAAAUAAAAAAACUGAGUCUGUAAAUGUGGCUAUUGACCCUGCUGCAAACCACUAUGUCAGUAUGUUUUGAUACUUUUGAAAACGUAAAUCAUCUACAUUUAGUAGGAAAACAGAUGACCUGUCCUGAUUCAAGCUGAAAAAGAGUGCUGUAAUUGAAAAAGACCAUUCUUGAAAAAGAAUUGUGUUUGGUGCUGCAGGAUGACAAUGUAGCAAUCUUUUUUUUCUUUAAACAGUACUUUCUCAUGACCUUAAUACAGAGUUCAUGUUACUUGAUUGUGAACUGGGCCCACUGUUUACAGUGUUAUUAUACAUAACCAAAGUUCAGUGUAAUUAACAAAACUGAUCGAAUUUGUUCUUUUGGAAGAAACAAAAAAGAGGCUGACUGCUUUUGCUGAGGUUUUGGAGAGCUGGCUUGGUACAGAGUGUUGCUUCUGUACCAAUGCAUUUUAAACGUAAGGAAAUCACUGGCUGAAAGGCUGAUGGCUAAGACAGCAUUGUCAGUGGUAACAUCUGAUACUGCUGGAAACUAAGCUACCAAUGAUACAACACUAAAUCAAGGUAGUAAUGCAUUAGUUUAAAGUUAUGUAAAUAUUUAUUUUAAUGCUGCAGCAUCAUGGCUAUCAUUUUUCACUGCUUUGAUAUCCAAGGAUUCCUAAUAAUACACAAAUGUAUUUUAUGUGCUUCAUUUUUCAGUUUCAGCACUUUCAUUCAAAGCAAAUAUCUCCCAUUUCUUUGUACUGCACUGAAAUAAAGAUUCUUGUUUCAGUACAUAA